CUCCAGGCCAAACUUGCUCUCCGCACCAACGAGACUCCUGUCGGCUGCGUCGUCGUUCACGACAACAAAGUCAUUGCCCGUGGCAUGAAUGCCACCAACGUCACUCGUAAUGGAACUCGCCACGCAGAGUUCAUGGCCCUCGCUGCCCUGCUCUCGCGCGUGGAUGGCAGCAUCCUCCGAGAGAGCACUCUCUAUGUCACUGUCGAGCCAUGUGUCAUGUGUGCCUCGCUCCUUCGACAGGUUGGCAUCAAGAAAGUCUACUUUGGUGCUGUCAACGACAAGUUUGGAGGCACUGGUGGAGUCUUUAGCAUCCAUGCCAAUUCCACCCCCGGCCAGACGGCUUGCGCCCAUCCCCAGCCCAAAUCUGGAGGCGGCAGCCUUGGCACUUCGUUCCCUCCUGGAGGCGGCGAUGGCGGCAACAUUGAGCGAGGCUUUGAGAUUGAGGGUGGCUGGGGCCGUGAUGAGGCCGUGGCGCUUCUUCGUCGCUUCUAUGUCCAGGAAAACGGCAGAGGUAAUGUUCCCCCCUCCCCUGUUUAUUGCUACAUCGCCACCCCUGCAACCAUUUGCUAA